AUGUUUCAGGGUCUGUGUUUCCAAGACUUAUGUGAUCCGAAUUCUCUUCAGUACAAUGAGGAUGUUACACCUUCGCAAGCUAAUGCCAGUCCGUUUCCAGAUACUAUUCCCACACCAGCGGAUAAACAGCAUGAUGUUUGGGGAACCAGUGUUUUUUCUCUUCCUGAGUUGGGCACUGAUUUACAUGCCGAACAAAAUCAUCAGAACAAUGACAAAAGUAACAGCAACGGCACUUCACAAGCAGCACCCUCUCACGUAUGUGUUCCCACACAAAUGACACCGAAUGAUGAUCAGACAAGUCUUACAACAGAUUCUAAAACGGCUCAUGGACUUACUCCUAGUACGUAUCAAUCAUCAUUUGCUUCAACUCGGCCGCAAUCUACUGUGACAUCAGUUAAGGGUGGUGCCACGAAUGCACCAAUGGCAUGUCCAGUAGUUUAUACCCCAAUGAACAAUCAGCUCAGCAUCUCCUCGCUUAUGUCUGUAGGGACGACACCAAUGCCGCCUAACAACAAUAACAAUAAUAACGGCAUGACAUAUCCACAAGGAUCUCCAGUUUCCACAACCAUUCCAGGCAAUGUUCCCGCCUUUUUUACAACUGCUCAAGGCGGGAACAAUGUUGUUAUGUUUGCUCCUGCUCCUUCACAAACACUUUGCAUGCCUCCUGGUGGCCCCCAAAUGAUUCCCUAUUACGUUUUUACUCAACCUCAACAAGGAGUUGAAGUGAAUGGGGCAAUGACAUACACACCCAUGCCAGGGGCGCCUCAGCCAAUGGGAGCGGUGAUGUGUGCGCCGUGGCAUCCCGCCGCUGGGGCGGCUGCGGGGACGACUGCAGUGGGAGCGGCACCGACGACUGCGCCUGGCGUGCCUGCAGCGCCCGCCGGUAUGUUACCAACAUUUGCAACACAACUCCCCUCCUCCGCGCCGCAACCUGUCGCGGCUUUUCCAGCAACGGAGGCAACUCUUAACAAUGGCACAGCAGCCCCUUCUCUCCACGCAUGCGGUGAUGCCGUCGCUGGUCAGAAGGCACAGCCGAAGGGAAGUCCACCAAGUUACGACUCCGUCCGGCUUCAAUUGACAAAACGCCGACAACCAGUAGGAAGGCAACGCUCUGGUACAAAUGUUCACGGUAGCUUACAAGGAACUUGCAUUUACUACUCUUAUAACCUUUCUGCGGCUCUUAAACAGUAUGAACAACCAGAUUCACAUCCAACGAAGCCUGGGGAACAAGUUUUACCAGUCUUUAUUCAGAUGUUUCCUUGUGAAUUACGGGAUCGAACUAUAAUUGUAUUGAAUCGCGUUGUGGAGGCUACAUGUGGCCCUGACAUUGCUACAGUUGUUGGAAUUGAGCCACGGUCUGAGACAUCAUUUAUUGCCCUUGUGCGAACAAAUGAAGUGUGGCAUUUAAUUCACAAACUUCGUUGUCGUGUGCUGAUGGAUCGCCAUGGAUUCUGGUAUGCCGAAAACUUUGAUCAGUACAUGCGACUCAAAGAGUACUGUGAGGGUGUGCGCCGGCUUCCGCAACAGAUGCGCCACUUUCAGACCGACGGCCUACCGUGCAUGCCGCUGGUGGUGGAGUUAUCGCGUAGUGUAGAUGCCGCCGCCGUGACGUCCCCGUCGGCAGAGCCGUCAUUUGAUAAAGUUGCACCCAUCGCCACAGUAGAGCGACAUGCACGUGUGGCGACGGCGACUGGCAGCAGUAAUGAGAGCGCUGAAGUUUCUAUGCAGAGUGAGCCAUGCGAUGGGAGCUGCCGACUGGUGGGAGAAGGGAAUGUACGGCCGGUGGGAUCAUAA